GCGGGAGUUUUCGGAUGUGUUGGCGGUGGCCCCGGCAGCAGCAGUUGGGCUGAGCUGGGCCCGCACGGCUGGCGGCGGAACCGGGAAGGCUAAUCCGCCGCAGAUUUCCGCGCUCACAGCUUGUGGCUUGCAUUUCAGUCGCCUUCUUUCCGUCCCCGAGAGCUGCGCAGAAAGAUGGAUCGGCACCGGCCUCGGCUGCACCACCCGAAGCAGGGCUCGGCCGCCGGGGCCCCCUACCCCUCCUCAGCCUCGCUCCGUAGCUGCCGGGAAAGCAAGAUGCCGGGCCGGAAGGGCCCUCAGCACCCUCCGCCCAGCGGCGCGGAGGAACCUGGAGAGAAACGCCCCAAGUUUCAUUUAAAUAUUAGGACACUGACGGAUGAUAUGCUGGACAAAUUUGCCAGCAUACGAAUUCCAGGAAGCAAAAAGGAGAGACCUCCACUUUCCAACCUGAAGACCGCAUUUGCAAGCAAUGAUUGUUCUUCAGAGAUGAUGGAAAACAUUCCAAAGCCACUGUCAGAGAAUGAAGUCUUAAAACUCUUCGAAAAGAUGAUGGAAGAUAUGAAUUUAAAUGAAGAUAAGAAAGCACCAUUGCGGGAAAAGGACUUCAGCAUCAAAAAAGAAAUGGUGAUGCAGUACAUUAAUACUGCUUCCAAGACGGGAAGUCUUAAGAGUAGGCGACAGAUCUCACCUCAGGAAUUCAUCCAUGAACUGAAAAUGGGGUCUGCAGAUGACAUUGUCACAUGCCUGGAGUCCCUCCGCGUAUCUUUGACUAGUAAUCCUGUCAGUUGGGUGGAAAGUUUUGGACAUGAGGGGCUUGGAUUAUUACUGGACAUUUUGGAAAAACUGAUUAGCGGCAAAAUACAAGAAAAAAUUGUAAAGAAGAAGCAGCAUAAAGUCAUACAGUGUCUAAAAGCUUUGAUGAACACACAGUAUGGCUUGGAAAGAAUUAUGAGUGAAGAGAGAAGUCUUUCUCUAUUAGCCAAAGCCAUCGAUCCCAAGCACCCAAGUAUGAUGACAGAUGUGGUAAAACUCCUCUCUGCAGUAUGCAUUGUAGGGGAGGAAAGCAUCCUUGAAGAGGUUUUAGAAGCUUUAACAUCAGCUGGAGAAGAAAGAUACGUUGACAGAUUUUCAUCUAUUGUGGAAGGUCUCAGGCAUGAUUCAGCUCAGCUGCAGGUAGCAUGUAUGCAACUCAUCAAUGCCCUUGUUACAUCUCCUGAUGAUUUGGACUUCAGGCUUCACAUCAGAAAUGAAUUUAUGCGUUGUGGAUUGAAAGAGAUAUUGCCAAAUUUAAAAUGUCUGAAGAAUGAUGGCUUGGAUAUCCAACUUAAAGUCUUUGAUGAGCAUAAAGAAGAAGAUUUGCUUGAGCUCUCCCAUCGCCUUGAAGAGAUUAGAGCUGAGCUUGAUGAAGCAUAUGAUAUUUACAACAUGGUGUGGAACACAGUUAAGGAAACUAGAGCGGAAGGAUAUUUUAUUUCCAUUCUUCAGCAUCUUUUGCUGAUUCGAAAUGAUUAUUUUAUAAGGCAACAAUACUUCAAAUUAAUUGAUGAAUGUGUAUCUCAGAUUGUAUUGCAUAGAGAUGGGAUGGAUCCAGACUUCUCAUAUCGAAAGAGACUAGAUUUAGAUUUAAGUCAGUUUGUCGAUGCUUGCGUAGAUCAAGCGAAGCUAGAAGAGUUUGAAGAGAAAGCAUCAGAACUUUACAAGAAAUUUGAAAAAGAGUUUACCGACCACCAAGAAACUCAGGCUCAAUUGCAGAAAAAAGAAGCAAAGAUUAAUGAACUUCAAGCAGAGUUACAAGCUUUUAAGUCACAGUUUGGUGCGUUGCCUGCCGAUACAAGUAACUCUUCGCCACUGGCAGAAGAAAAUGGAUCCGGCCUCCCAGCACUUGCUCCUUCCCUGCCGUUGCCCUCCUGUGGAGGAGUGCCUCCUCCCCCUCCUCCCCCACCCCCUCCUCCCCUUCCAGGAAUGCCCUUGCCCUUUGGUGGUCCUGUGCCUCCACCGCCUCCCCUGGGAUUUCUCAGUGGGCGAAACUCUCCUCCUCCACCAACCCUACCUUUUGGGUUAAAACCAAAGAAAGAAUUUAAGCCCGAAACCAGCAUGAGAAGAUUGAAUUGGUUAAAGAUCAGACCUCAUGAAAUGACUGAAAACUGUUUCUGGGUUAAAGCAAAUGAAAAUAAGUAUGAAAAUGUGGAUUUGCUUUGUAAACUUGAGAAUACGUUUUGUUGCCAACAAAAAGAGAGAAGAGAAGAGGAAGAUUUGGAAGAGAAGAAAGCUAUUAAGAAAAAAAUUAAAGAGCUUAAAUUUUUAGAUUCUAAAAUUGCCCAGAACCUUUCAAUCUUCUUGAGCUCUUUUCGGGUGCCAUAUGAGGAAAUCAAAAUGAUGAUAUUGGAAGUGGAUGAAACACAGUUGGCAGAGUCUAUGAUUCAGAACCUAAUAAAGCAUCUUCCAGAUCAAGAACAGUUAAGUUCACUGUCUCAGUUCAAGAGUGACUAUAACAACUUAUGUGAACCCGAGCAGUUUGCUGUUGUGAUGAGCAAUGUGAAGAGACUCCGGCCACGGCUCAGUGCUAUUCUCUUUAAGCUUCAGUUUGAAGAGCAGGUGAACAGCAUCAAACCUGACAUCAUGGCUGUCAGUACUGCCUGUGAGCAGAUAAAGAAAAGCAAAAGCUUUAGCAAGUUGCUGGAACUUGUGUUGCUAAUGGGAAACUACAUGAACGCUGGCUCCCGGAAUGCUCAAACCUUCGGAUUUAACCUUAGCUCUCUCUGUAAACUAAAGGACACGAAAUCCGCAGAUCAGAAAACAACACUACUUCAUUUUCUGGUGGAAAUCUGUGAAGAGAAGUACCCUGAUAUCCUGACUUUUGUGGAUGAUUUGGAACAUUUAGACAAAGCUAGUAAAGUCUCUGUAGAAACGCUGGAAAAGAAUUUGAAGCAGAUGGGAAGGCAGCUUCAACAGCUUGAGAAAGAUUUGGAAACCUUUCCCCCUCCUGAGGACUUGCAUGAUAAGUUUCUGACAAAGAUGUCCAGCUUUGUUAUCAGUGCAAAAGAACAAUACGGGAAACUUUUAAAGUUACACGAAAACAUGGAAACGUUAUACCAGAGUGUGAUGGGAUACUAUGCCAUUGAUGUGAAGAAGGUGUCUGUGGAAGACUUUUUUAAUGACUUGAAUAACUUCAGAACCACAUUCAUGCAAGCAAGAAAGGAGAACGUAAAAAAAAGAGAAGCAGAGGAAAGGGAAAAACGUGCCCAAAUAGCCAAAGAAUUAGCAGAGAAAGAAAGACUUGAACGCCAACAAAAGAAAAAGCGCUUGUUAGAAAUGAAGACUGAGGGUGAUGAGACAGGAGUGAUGGAUAGUCUGCUGGAGGCUUUGCAGUCGGGGGCUGCCUUCCGCGACCGAAGAAAAAGGACACCAAAGCCAAAAGAUAUUCGGCAAAGUUUCAGUCCCAUGUCUCAGAGGCCUGUUCUGAAAGUUUGUAACCAUGAAAAUCAGAAAGUGCAGUUAACAGAAGGGUCACGUUCACACUACAAUAUCAAUUGCAACUCAACGAGGACUCCAGUCGCCAAGGAGCUUAAUUAUAAUCUAGACACUCAUACGUCUACAGAGAGGAUCAAGGCAGUUGAGAAGAAGGAAGCCUGUAAUGUAGAAAGCAACAGAAAAAAGGAAAUGGAACUUCUUGGCUCUGUUUCUAAAAACGAAUCUGUUCCCGAAGUUGAAGCCCUGCUGGCAAGAUUACGAGCUUUAUAAAUUAACUGGUAAAAAAUGAUUAAGCCAAAUAUAAAGCCAUGCUCUAAGCUAUAACACUUGAAAAAAUGCUUUUUAUAUAAGUGACUUUAUAUAGUUUAAAUUAUGAUAUAUAUUAGAAAAAUAAAGCUAACUACAUGAUUGCAGUGCUUUUUCUAUGUACUUGAGGAUUUGGCUUAUUCAAGAUUGUAAUGGGUUUUAAUGCUUUUCUUGUCUCCUGGUAUUCAUGUGUUCUAUAUUUGGUGGCUAAAUUAUACAUAAUGCUUUAGAGAACAGGUAGGUAGCCAUGUGUUCAGCAAUGUGUCCUGAAGGAAUACAUUUUAUUAAGUCACUGUAAUUUUUACCUUACUGUUUUUAGCAUUAAUGAAUAUCAAAUUAUAAUGUCAACUCUUGGUGUGUGUGUAUGCGUGUAUAUAUGGUGUGUGUGUGUAUGUAUAAUAUAUAUUUAUAUAUUAUAUACAUACACAUAUAUGUGUAUAAUAUAUAUAUAUAUAUAUAUAUAUAUAUAUUUCCCAUGCAUGUCAUUUAACAUAGGCCCAAGUUUCUCCUUAGUUGGGAUCUACAUGCUAUCAACGUAACAUCAGAAACAUGAAAUUGAAUGUAACAGAGCUGUAAGGAAAUGAAUGUAAGCUCAUUAUUAUCAUUGUUGAAUUCGUGUUAAUUAGAGCCUGCAGGAGACUAUAAGGCCGUUGAGCACAUUUCCAAAAAUGAUGUACUAGCAAUGUAUGCACUCUUCGUGAAAUGCACAUGCUUUUGUAUAAAGUAGAUGUAUACGGUGUUAGAGUGCUGCCGAAACUCCUAACUGCGAGAGCAUUUUUCCCCUUGGUUAUUAUGACUCUCAGGAAGUAGCAUCUUGAAACUUCCCAAGUAACGAAGUUUUUUGGUUUUUUUUUUUCGGUGAACAAACUUGAAAUUACAGUCUCUUUGAUCUGACAAUCAAUAAGUUUAACAAAGAUCUAAAGUGUUUCAAGGAAAGUUUCCUAUGCAUAUGUUGCAAUUUUCCCUCAUUUGGGAUACUGAAUUAACUCUUAAUCCUAUACAAAAGAAAAUAAACUUGCUACUCGCACUAA